CAUGUGGUCGGAGCGCGAACCGAUUCCAGCCGUGAUUCCAACUUGAACUGUCACGAUCAUGGAUACAAAACACGUGAAACAUUUAGUGAAUGUCUUGCUCCUACUUUGGAGCAUGCAAGCAGCAUUCUGCAAGAUAUGCGGAUCUGACUUUGAGGAUAUAAGAUCUCGAGCGCUUCUGUCGGACCUUGUCGCUGAGGGUACAGUGGACAUCAAAUACGAAAACCGGGCCAAUCCCCGAUACAACGUUUCAGUUUUAGUCUCGAAAAUUUUCAAAGGAAGUUUAAAUUCAAAUACCAGACGACGGGUGCUAGAAAGUAUUCGGAUAGGGGAGUUCGGACCGUUGGAUAAGGAACAGUGUUUAAUUGGAGUGACUGAAGGAUUAAAAUAUGUGUUCUUCCUACGACCGACGCGGGACAAAGAUUUUUAUAAACAUGCAAGUUUACCGGUCGAGUCUAGCAAGAAAACGCUCCGACAAGUUCGGGGGAUAUUAUGCAAGAAUUGUGCAAAGCCUCCAGAAAUUAAGCCCAUAGAGGACAUUAUCAUAGAGGAAGGUGAAAGUGUCAGAAUCAAGUGCCGGGUGAAAGGUUACCCUAAACCUUUAAUUAGCUGGGCCAAAAAUGGGAAGGUGCUAAAAAAGCGGAAAGGUGUUUUAAUAAGAAAUACAAGUGAAAAGGUUGAUGACCAUGUUGAAAUAUUGACAGAAGGGCGAGGCUCAACAGUGCGAAUAAAAAAGUUACGGAUACGAGAUGCGGGGAACUAUGCAUGCAUAGCUAGGAAUGCACUACAAUUAACACGAGAAGAAAUGUUUUUAGCAGUUACACCUUUUGGUACAUCAGGAAAGACACGUAGGCCAUAUAAAAAAAAAACAACCACAGUCAGUCCAGUGACAUCCCCUCCUAUAGGACCAGUUAAGCCAAAUAUAACAUCCAAUUCCACAAAAGAGCCAACUCAUAUCUUGCCAACGACUGCUAGCACGCGCAAGCCAAUCAGUAUUACGUCUAUAAUCAGGAGUUCCACAAGUAGACCUUUACUUUCAACCGCUACAACCUCAAAAUCUUCAACAGUUGAAUCCAUAUUGAAUGGAAAAGAGACGACAUCAACUACUACCACGGUGCAGCCCAUCAGAACGACAGUAGCGCCACCAGAGUCAGUGACUGAUGUGGAAGCAUCGCAAAUAGCACCAACUGGGCAUUAUUAUCCGUGCGAAAAACAAACUUACUGCUUGAAUGGUGGGACCUGUGUAUAUUUACCAGCAUUCAAAGCUCAAUUCUGCAGGUGCCCAUUGCAGUUUUCUGGCGAUCGAUGUCAGGACUUCGACUUGCGAUUUAUCACCCCUAAGCAGCAACCUACCCCUAAGACUAAGCCAGUUCUUCUGGCUGAACACCAACACCAGGACCGUGUCAUCACCAUCCUAGGUAUCGUGAUUGGCCUGUUGGUGUUGAUCGGGAUUUUCAUUGGGGCCUAUUGUAAGGCCAGGAAGAGGAGGAAGGCACUCCACGAAAGGCAGGAGUUGAAGAGAAGGAUUACGGAAAGUUUAGAGUCUGAUGGGGCCGGGAACUUUCCAAAACCAAACCAUGGAAAAAAAUCAGGAUCCUCAAAACCGACCAUGAUGCGGAGUAACAGUACCACCCAAACAGACGCUUACAACAUCAAGGAGUCGUUUCCAACCAUGCCGAAUGGUAAGGAUACCGGAUUAGACACCGCCGACUCCAUUCAAAAUGGAACAGGUGGGAUGCGCCCAAGGCUCCCCGGGGUAUCCUCAACUCCUCAGUGUGUUCGGGUGGAACAUCACGACAACCCCGGGAAGGUGGUGUCUGGUGAGUCAUCUGAUGGAGGCUCUAAAGGCAGUACACCUUCUCAGAGUUCUCAAACUGAAUCCGCAAUGCAAUCUUGGCCUCCGCCGACCCGUAGAAGGGAGUCAAACUCCAAACCCGACUCUUGUGUAGACAAUGAUCUGAAUCAAAGCGAUUAUGAAAAUCUCGAUAGUGACGAGUUAGAGGGCAAGCUAGGCGUUGUCCCUCCGUACUUAAGCCAGGAAAGUCGCGAUUCAUACACCGGCCCUCGUGAUCUCCAAUCAACCAAGCGAAAUUCUGGUGGCACUAAGACUAAAGCUGACAACAAUCGCAAAAUCUCUCAAAGGAAAUCUGCUGGUCUGAGCAGCGAUUCAGGUAGUGAUUCAGAGGAUACUUCGAGUUCUGGUGGUGCAAAGCCAGAGUGCGAAGAAUUACUCGACAGAAAGCGUGCUGACACCCUGCCAAAUAGAUGGAGCAAUUCUCAUAACAGUGCUGGCAAUAAAAACUGCGAUAGGUAUGGCAAUAGCCCAAGUGGCUUGACAGUAAAUUCAUGUGCAUUUAGUCCAUAUUAUGAUGUCAAUAGUGACAGAAUGGAUAAUAGGUACCCGCAUCGGCAAAAACCGCAUUGUAAACUUUCGUAUGACAAAGAGCAACGUCAAAGACUCUUACGCACACAAGAUGACCAUGAUGCAACCCGUCUGUGAUAUUUUUGUAACACUGCCAUUUUGUAUAUAAGAUAGACGUUUCUGAUAUAAUUACGCAUAGUUGAACAGGUGGAAAUAAAGAUAGGUGUACGUUUUGUUGGUGUCUAUUAAUACAGCAACUGCAGUUCUGUAAUAUUGUAAAAAAUAUUGUGUACACUAAAAUGUCUAUUUAUAAUCCUAUUGUGACGUCUGCCUGUUAUUUAUUAUUUGUAAAUAAAUGUAAAUAACAAAUGACACAGCUAAACUGGUGUUCAUAUAAUGGUACUAUUAUAAUGGCAUCAGAUAUGUAAUGCUUUGGACUUAUUGUUUUUGAACAAAACGCUUUGGUUUAAAAUUCUAUAAAGAUAAAUACUAUGUACAGAAAUAUCGAGACAGUAAAGGUUAAAAAUAGUUAUGAUAUAGUGGUCAUUUUCUGAUGAUUGUCAAACACAACUUUUUUGGACUAAAUAGUUUUUUUUGCAUGUUUUGUGUUUGUGUAGGUUUCUGAGUAAUUGAUGAAUAUAUGCUCUUCUACCUUUUAACAUGUUUAAGAUAUAAUAUAUCAACAGUUAUAAGUUACUGUUGUAUCUGAUUUGAAAAUGACCAGUAUAUUUCAUUGUAUUUGCUAUAUCCGACUGACCCUUAUAUGGAGGUUGUAAAUUAGGCUUAUGGCUCACUACUAAUAAUAAGACAAUAUUGUGAUAAAGAAAAAUAAUUUAGCUUGCUCUUAUUCAUUAGUAGUGAUGCCAUACAAUUCAUUUGGGGCCGUUUGAAGCCCAUCCACAGUAGUAUUGAAUCUGGGGUUUUUCUUAGGAGAAAUAUCAGUUUGGUUUGACAUGUCUGAGCUAAAACUAUAAAGAUUGCCGUGAUCAUCACAUCAAUGAUGCUGGUUGGGUAAUGGGUGCUGUUCAUAUUUCUUGUUGAAUACCCUCAGUGUGUACUUUUCUUUCGUAAAAGCGUUGUUUUCUGAAACAGUAAACCGUGAAAUUUUCUCUUUUUGACUCAUGUACCAAAUCCUUUCGUCUUCUUAGUCGCCCAUCCAACAGGCUACUGAAUCAUUUUGUACUUUAUUUUCUAGUUUCGUUUUCAAUAUCCUUCUUGAAACUGGAGGUGUGUUUAAGGGAAGAGAAAAUACAGCUCCUGACAAGAUAUUUCUGUCAGCGGUGAAUGUGCUUUUGACUUCAUGAUAAAUUGGUUGCUGAUGAAUCCCAGGUGAGAUCAUCAAAAAGAAGUUCAAGAUUCAAAUGAAAUAUCGCCAGCGAAAAGUACACGUACACCUCCAAAUGUAUUGCUUUGUCGAAAUAGCAAGUAAGGAAAUUCUGAACUAUGGACAGUACAGAUACACACCAACACCUGUGUCGGGUAAAAAUGGCCAUUUGGGUUCAGAAUUUUUAUCGAACUUGGACAACUUCGAUAAUUUCAAAUUCUUUUGACAUUUCAUUUCAUUCUGGGUUUCAUCCCAGUGACCAUGCAGUCUGAUUGUAACUUUUGGUGUACUUAGUUUAAAAUUGUAUACUUUUCAAUUGUAAACAAAUCUUCUGUUAGCCAUUGUGCAUGCUUUAAGGCCCAUGGAAGGUACUGCUGCUUCCAGUAAGUUAGUUACUGAAUCACUUUCUUUAUCGCAAAUAUAAUUACCAUGAUUUGCUUUUAGAACACAGCUUAUUUCGUGUACAAUUAGCCUGUACAAGCAUAUUUUGUUAUCUUUUCUAUAAAGCUGUCCUUCGAUGAUUAUAUUCCUUGUUGUUGUGUCAGGUGCAGCUUAAGCCGAAGCAUUAUUAAAUCAUCACCAGCAGCACCUCUUGUUUUGUCCUUGAUAUUUGAUGAAUGAAAAUGUAAUUGACAUGGAUCAAGGGGCCAUGUUUGACUUCUCGGUCCUGGGGGGCAGUAGGCCUAGGCACAACAAGUAGUGAGAUGAGAGAGAUAUCAAAGAUUUCUCUAAACCUCUCUACCACACUAUAUAUCUGAGGUAAAAAAAUCUCUGAUCUGAGACAAAUUUUUUUAUCAAUCCCUCUGUCUUGAUUUUUAGCUCGUUCUGGACGGCAAAGAAAAAGUAAUGUUAAUCCUUCCAAAUCCAAAAAAAUUCUGUGAUAUUAAUCGUACACUUGACGUAGUCAUGGUGUUGUUAGAUUUAUUGUUACAGAAUUUAAAUAUACUGCACUUUCUCUCCUUUAUUUUCAAGGAGUGUUAAUGUUGUACUUGUUUCCGAGGGGUCAAACACACUUGCUAAAGUAGAAAAAAUAAAAGUAAAAACAUUUUGGUUGACGAAAUAGAAUAAACGGUAGUACUGUGUACAUUUCAUAUUCGACACUUCUUGUACAUAUAGUGCCUGUCAUUUACUGAUCAAAGAAGAACAAAAAUUCAAAAAAAUGAAAUUUUGCAAAAAUUCAGAUCUUUUUUCAGCCUGUCUUUCAGUCUUUUUGGUGAAAAAUGAGAAAGACUGUACGAACAGAAGGCUGUACUAUGUUAUUCAUCGGACGUUGUUACGGAAGGAGUUUAAUAUGUCUCCCUACUCGUAGCACAUUCUGCAUGCUGAAAGUAGUGUAAAUAUACAUUUGGCUGGCUCUAUUGUAUUUUUGCAUUUCCACGGAUGAUUUCAUUGAUGUGAUACAAGUGGCCGUGAAUGAAUUCCUUGUUGUUAUGAUUGCUCAAUGCCUCAUUGUUAGUAUUUGCAAAAAGGGCGUUGGAUAAUUUUCAGCAGUUUGUUAUUUUGGACAUGGUUCGAUUUGUGAUAUUUACGAUGUCAUUUUAUGAGCAUGUUUUGAGGCAGAUGUUGGAAAACUCAGUCAUGUGGUCACAUAAUGUGGUCACAUAAUGUGGUUACAUAAUGUGGUCACUUAAUGUGGUUACAUAAUGUGGUCACAUAAUGUGUUGUUUGUGCCUUACGGCUCCAGAAGAUAUCAAACCUUUUCAGUCGGAGUUCUCCUGAGGGUGUUUCUUCAACAUUUCUAAAAUACUUAAGAUUUUCUAUGAUAUUGAGAAGAAAGUCAUCAACAAUUGUGUAACAAACAUUUUGGGGGUUUUCGAUCAAGAAAAUGUUGGCAUGUUUUGUGGGGAUAUGAGACUACUGCCCUACAUCAUGCGACGAAGCCUUGUAUUAGCCCAUUGCAUGCCCCUUUCUCUACCAGGAACCUCACUGGCAAGGGCAACUACCCAAUGAGUUUUAUAGCUAUAGUACCUCGUGAUUGGAAGGGCAUGUUGAGAGGUCUUGCUGCGGUUCCAUUGGAAUCCAGUUGAAAGGUCUUGCUACAACUGUGUUUCCACUGGAACCUAGGUCAUGUUUCCGUGGCUCCACUGGAACCAGGUUGGUAGGUCUUGUUGCCGUGGUUCCACUGGAAUUGGUUGAAAAGUCCUGUUGCUGUGGUUCCAUUCGAACCUGGUUGAAAGGCGCUGUUGCCGUGGUGUGACUGGAACCCAAUUGAAAGGUCUCAAUGCUGUGCAUGGUGCUGGAAGUUGGUUGAGAUGCCUUAUUUCUGUAAUUUCACUUGUUCUAACAAACCAUGCAGGACCUGAGUGAAACAUUUUGUGUGGUGGCCUUUGGUUGUAGUUCCGGAAAUACCCUGGAGUGAAAAGUGUUUGUUAGAAUUUGUCGAUAAUACCUCUCAGGUGUUCAGUUGGGCAAUCCGUCAUAUAUUCAACUCAAAAUAUUAUUUUUAAAUAUUAAGCCUCAAAAACAAAUAUUAUUUGAAUAGAAUUUUUUAAGUGAAUGUAUAUAGUGUUUCUUGUAUGAUAUGUUAUUACGAACUGCGGCUUUGUAAGACUUAUGGUGAUCCUAAAAGACAGUCGGAGUUAUAUUUUCACAGACGUCAAAAUGGUUUCCUAUGGGUCUUACAUGCUGAUGAACAUCAUGGUUCAAGAUGUACAUGAUUAUUAUCGGUAUCAGAAAUAAAUAGGACUAGAAUUUGCAGUUUGGAACCUGCCAGUAUAUAUAAAACAACAAAAUAAUCAGAACUUCUGAUGUACAAGUUUUCAGUAUUUUGAUACUGAGACAUGUGAUGUUUGACUUAAAGUAUCACAGAAGAACAGUGGAACCUCCCUUAGCGGACACCUCUCUAAUAUGGACAACCUCUCUAAUAAGGACACUAGUUGUGGUCCCAAAGUGGUUGUUUCCAUUCAAUUUGACCUCUCUAAUCCGGAUACCUCACAAAUGAGGUUAGCAAUUGUCAAUCCCGCGGAUGUCCUUAAUAAAGAGGUUCUACUGUACUUGUAUAUGGACUAGCCUUGUUCAUUUCUGAUGCAAUUAACUUCAACCAAGAUGUGAUGUGGUCGGAUUGUACUAUUUCAACUAACUUAAUGGCAAUUACUACAGUUGAAUGUGUGUAUUGGUUUCAUUGCUCAUAUGUUUUUAAUCAGAUACUAUUACAUUUGGUUGAUUUCAUACGCAUUUCUUCAUUAACCCAUUGCGAAAAAAUCUUUAAAGGGACAAUAUAGGCAGCAGCUAGGCAGGCAAGAUAAAGUUACACAAAGUCGCCAAUAGGGGUCUCUCACAUCUCACAGUACAUCGAAAUGAUUCAUGCUUGUACGAGGAUUAUAUUUAGUGCUGAAUCUGACAUGACCCAGGGCCCUUACUGUGUAUAUUUAAUAGUCACCUGAAGAUGGCCAAAUUAGCCCCUCUGCUCCUGCCUAUAGUCCCCCUUUAAGGUAAAAGACAACUACUGCAUGUGUCAUGUGGGCAUCUCAUAUGUUUUAAGAUGAGAGCUAAUUGUGUGAACUAUUGACACAUGCAAAAGGGUUUGUUCCUAUCAUUGGUUUCAACAAAAUUGGAACUUCAGAACCCCCCCCCCCCCCCAAAAAUUGUUUUAUUCUUUAUCAAUGCUUGAUAAUAGUAAUGAGCAAUAAAAGAUCAAAGGAAAUGAUCCCUUUUAACUUGGAAUCAGGACUCAUUUAUCUGUGCGUUGGGCCAUUUUGUGACAUUAGUUUCUGCUAUAAAACCUCUUGAAAAAAUGUCAGAGCAAUUGAAAAACAUCAUAUUAACACACUAUUCUUGGGCUGUGUGCAACAUCCUUGUUAUAAGCCGCACUUACACCACCUGAAAAUGGACCACUAAUCUUGGUUCGGGAACCAAUGCCGCACCAUCGAAAAUCCACCAAGCGCUUACACCAGCGCUGCAGCUAGUUAUAAAAUCCGGCUACAGAUGGCGCGCAAACAAUAAAUUGCAUGCGCAGAAAGCGCCAUUUCGAAAGCGCCGCCUGGAGCCGAACCAUCCAACUAGCUAAUUGCCGAACCAUUUGCGCGUACACCACGACAAAGCCGAGCUUUUAGCAAGCCGGGCGAAUUUGGACCAUCAAGCUUGGUGGGACAAAUUCGCUCGGCAAUUUGUAUCGGCAAUGGAUUGCCGAACCAAUUUGUCGCGGCAAUGUGGUGGUGUAAGUGCAAUUGGUCCACCAAUAUUUCGUGGUGUAAGCGCAGCUAUAGUGAUUGAAGGGUUAAUGUUUAUUUACUUAAUAAGUGUAUAUGAAGUCAAUCGAAAAUGUACACAUAUUAUAUCAGCUUCCAUUCGAGUCAAAUGUAAUUAUCCAUGCAUAUUAAGGUUCAAGUUCUUGAGUGUAAAAUCAGCUGAAACUAUGCUAUAUUCCAUCAGCUAUAUGAUGUAUAUUUACAAAGGUACAGAAAUAAAUCCAUUGCCUGUAUCACAAUAAGACACACUUAAAGGGAGACUAUAGGUAGGAACAGGUAGGUCAGAUUAAGUUGAAUGAAGUUGAUGAUAGGGGUCUCCCCCAUCUCUCUACAUCAGACUGUUCAAAUUAUGAGGAAUAUAAUAAUAGCAGAAUCAAACACAACCUGGGCCUUUAGCUGUGCAUAAUAGUCACCCAAAUUUGAGCUUCUCACACCUAAGUAUAGUCUUCCUUUAAGGUACAUGAUGCAUGAUCAAACUAUGUAUAUCACCAAACAUAUGUACAUAAAAUCGAAAAAGUCUUCUCAAAGUUGUUAAACUUGUUAAUUAUGAAUUGAGAUAUAUAGUUAUAUGAAAAUAUCGAGGAGACCAUCAAACACUAUAGGAUGAAAUCUCAUGUCUGUUUUAUAAUCCCAAGUCUACUAGUAGUCAUGGUUGUUUAUAAUGCUCCCAGUGUACACAGACCCCCCCCCCCCC